AUGCUUGUCCCAAAAAAAGUAAGCUUCAUCCUGGAAUCAAUCGAUUUCCCUCCUGAAAAUCAUCAAAAAAUUCAAGUCUAUCUGAAAAUCGAGAAUUAUGAAUGGCUGAAAAUCGGAGAUUUUUUGGGGGGUUCCGAUCUUCCGAUUGGCGUGGAUUUCGGUGUUUUGGUGGCUGACACGUGGCAGGGUGCAGAAAUUGAAUUGAAAUUCCAGAAAGAUGAGCUGGAUUAUUUUGGAGUGCUGAAUUUGGACCAAAAUGAGGUGAAAAAAAUCCCACGUCGAUGUCAAAAAAAUCGCAAAUUUCCAGAAAACCCUUCAAAUAUCUGGAAUUGGUCAAGUUUUCGAGUUUCGCAAUCCGAAAAAUGUGAUCAGUUUCAAAUGUGCGAUUUUGGUCGAAAAUUUGACGGAAGAUUGGAGGAGGAGGAUGAGAAAUAGUGGGAGAAAUGUGGAGACGCAGACGAAAAUUGGUGUUUUGAGGGAUUUCGGGUGUCAGGUGAGAUUGAGAGGCAAAUUUUUGAAUUUCGCGCCGAAAAUUUUAGCGCGGGAAAAUUGAAAAUUCAAAUUUUUUGCGAUAAGUUUGAAUUUUCAAACUUCCCGGGUAAAAAACUUGCGGGAAAUUCAAAAAUCCCACUCCCAAACCCCUCUUGAAAUCCAGAAUUUGCUGAAAUUUUCAGACCUCCCCAUCCUCAUGUUCUUCCAAAUCCACCGAAACUUCUGGCGAUUUCAUAAAUCUGGAAGACGUUGAAAAAGUGCUCGAGGCGAAAGUUGCUCAGCGGCUCCAGAAUUUGAAUUUGACAGCUCCGAAUCAAGAUUGCCACGUGGAAGAUCCGAAGCCUCAUGCUGAAAAUCUUCGAAAACCUGAAAUUCCAACAAAUUCCUACAAUUUUUUGCCACGUUGGACACAGUUAAAACAAUUGGAUCAAUUAAUUGAUGAAAAAUCGGAGAUUUUGAGAGAAUUAGAGAAACGAAUUGCGAUUGCCAGGAAGAUGGAGAUGGUUAGAGAUAGGAGAAGGGAAGAGACGCAGACGGUUAGAGAAAAACGAGAGAAAGAAGAGGAUCCAACAUCUAAAGAAAGACGAGAGAGCACAGAGAAAGAGGAGACGACAGACGACGAGAGUGAGUCAGAGAGCACAGAGGAAGAAGAGAUUAUUGAUCCAUUUGAGGCGAAAACUUGA